GGAGCGGAGGCGGGUUUGCCGGGAGGGAGGCCGGUGCUGUCUGCAGAGCCCCUGCUGCUAUGGGUCCUGUGCCGGUGUCCGGACAAGCUGUGCAAUAGCAGUGUGGCUGGUGGCUUUGGGGUGCUCCCGCAGUGCCUCUGUGGGGUGGUUUUGGCUGAAAAGCACUCUGGCAGAGAGCGGUUACCUAAAGGUGACUGUGUCUUGACCUUAAAGCUUUCUGUGUGUAUCAGGUCCUACAAACCUCCUGGUGUAUUCAGUGCCCUGUGCAGUAGGGAGGAGAAAGGCCCUACAAGAUAAUCAAGCAUUCUCAACAGUCAAAAUAUUUCGUUAUGUUUUGGAAGGAAGUAAAUAUCACCCAGCUGUCCAUCACUUUUAACAAGUUCACGAUUUCUGACAACUUAAGGUACGGCGUUUGUGGUGGGUGACUGCAAUGGAGAAGAUUGAGGAGCAGUUUGGUCGUCUGCGCAUUGCAAAACGUUCUACGCUAAGUGAAGAACCUGCUUACUUAUUGGAUAUAGAUGUUUCAAAACCUGCUGAAUCUGAAAGCAGUCGCUUUGUGGCAGUUUCCUGUUCCAGUAAGUCAAUUAGGGUAUAUAACAGGGAAACAUUAAACUUCCUGCGGGAGUACAGUAGCUGUCCUGGGAUACUUAACGGAGUCAGAUUUGCGCACACGUGUGACAGUGUGGUGUUUUCGGCAUGCAGUGAUGGUACAAUAAAAUGUUGGGAUAUUCGUUUAGCAACGCAGAAGGCUGUGCAGAUAUUCAGUGGCUAUCCUUCAAAUGUUUUCAUCAGUUUUGAUAUUAAUUGCAGUGAUCUCGUAAUUUGUGCUGGAACAGAGAAAGUGGAAAAGGACACAUUUCUGGUGUUUUGGGAUGCAAGAGGCGAUACAAACUGUGCCAGCACAAGUAAAGAACCCUUGGGAGUCUAUUCUGAAAGUCACAAUGAUGAUAUCACUAGAAUUUGUUUUCAUCCUAUCAAGCCCGGUUUAGUAGUUUCUGGGUCAACUGAUGGGUUGGUUAACGUGUUUGACAUUAACAAGGACAACGAGGAUGAUGCUUUGAUAUCAACUUGCAAUUCAGAUUCAUCAGUAAGUUUUAUCGGCUGGUCUGGGAAAGAUUAUAAACAGGUCUAUUGCAUGACACAUGAUGAAGGAUUUUGUUGGUGGGACCUUGCUCAGUUAGAUACUGAAGAACCCAUAACGUUAUUGCAUGUCCUGGAUGUCCGAGAAGCAGUCUGCGUUGAAAAUGGCAGCUUAAAUUACCUAGUGGGUGGCUUGUACCACGAAAAGGCGGACAAACUGCUUCUCGUUGGAGGAACCUCAGCAGGAAACAUUCACCUAAUAACCUGCGGCCUUGACGGACUGAGCCUUGUGGGUACCCUUCGUGGAGGACAUGCUGCUGCAGUUCGCUCUUUCUGCUGGGACGUGACGGAUGAGUCGCUGUUGACUGGUGGAGAGGAUGCACAACUGUUGCUGUGGAAACCGGGAGCUGCGGAAAGGUCCCUUGCAAGGAAAACAUCCCUGAAAAUCGCUUCUUCUGUUCAGAAGAGAGUGAGAGUUCACAGCACCUCCCUCAAUAGCAAGAAGAAGUAAAAUUCUGAGAAUGGGAAGCUCUGCUAUGUAGAGCUUUUUUGUUUAUGUAAUCUUCCAGGCAGGAUCUGACUGUUGCUUAAUUUGGAGGUAUCCUACAGAGAGAACUACGACACUUAAAAAUUCUACCUAGGAAUGUACUUUAGUCAUCAGAAGACUACUUUUUAUAUAUAUAUAUAAAAUAAGCUGAUGCCAUUAAUCUGAAAAGAGUAAAUGCUCUCUAGUUGUUAAACAAGAGAUCUUAAAUAAUUUUAUAUACAAAUGUUUUUAUGGUUAUUUGAUGUAUCAGCCAAAUUUAUAAUGUCUAAUAUAGGCCUGUGGCUUGCAUAGUUUGCUACUUUCCCACUGAAAUUCCCUGGCAUGUUUUAAAAGCUCUUGUUUCAAGCUAUAUUUCUCUUACUUUACAGAGAAGUUAAUGAAAUUGCUCAAUAUAUUAAAAGAUUUUCUGUCAUUUCUGAAUGCCUGCGGGAAUUACUUCUUGAUGAAACAGAGAAUAAGUACUGUUUUGCACUGUCAUCUCACUGUUUAUAACAAGCUCAUAAAGCAGCAGUUCAUAGAGCUGUAUUUUCGUAGCAAAGAGAUGAAUUAUUCAACCAAACAGGAAUAAAUGAUUCUAAGCAGCUAA